UCGCGAUGGCCGCCAACGCGGAACGACGAUGCGCGUCAGUCAGACUCAUACUUGUUAUCACGAUAAAAGAAUAGAUAAAAAGUUAAUGAAACAACAUGCGAGUAAGAUUUUUCGAUGUUUCGACAAAACUGAUAAGCUGACGAAUCGUCACAUUAUUUUUUCGACAAACCGGGGGCCCAGUGUUGCAGCAAAAGUGGCAAAUUUUUUUUCACUUUAAUUAUGAUCUAAAAAUCUGAGUGCCUUUUCUGAGAAUUUUCUUGUUCAUUGACAUACGUGAAUGAAUGAACUAUGGUCAAAUCGUGAUUUAAAUCGUUGAAUAGUAUUUUCAAUCAAUACGUAAAUAAUGUUGAAUGAGUGUUGCGAUCCAAUCAAAAAAAAAUUCAAAAGCGUCCAGAUGGUUCGGCAUUCUUGACGAUAUGUUAAGACUCGCAGAAUCUCGAGUGGAAGUCGUGAGUUAUUUAUAUUGGACGUAGGCGUCUUUGGUGAACUGUUCUAUCAAGUUUUCUUUUUUUCCACAAACGCAUAAUUUCCGAUCGAAGUUUAGCAGUUGAAUUUCUAUAAUAUUAUUUAAAAAUGGAGCAUAGUCGCGACAGGGUAGUUGCAAAUGGUGAUAACAAAGAUCGUGAGGUAGAUUGGUCCAGAUUUGGACUCAACAGGCAUCAAAAUGACAGGAGAAAUGGUACAAGAGAAAAUUCCACUUACGACGGAUUUGGUCCAGACAUUUAUCCUACGGGUGCUAAUGAACUCUUCGCUCAAGAAUAUAAUGCAGAUCCUUGGUGGAAAUCAAACUUUUUUGUUUCCCAACCCGUUCUUUUUGGCACAUGGGACGGAGUAUUUACUUCAUGCCUCAUAAAUAUUUUUGGGGUCAUAGUUUUCCUGAGAUCAGGCUGGAUUGUUGGUCAAGCUGGAGCCCUCAAUGCUGUGAUCAUAAUUUUGUCAACUGUUUGCGUUGCCUUGGUCACUGUACUUUCUGCAGUAGGAAUCUGUGAAAGAUGUAGAGUAGAAAGUGGAGGCGUGUAUUUUCUUUUAUCUCAUGUUCUUGGCUCAAGAUUUGGGGGAUCGAUCGGUUUACUCUAUUGUUUUGGUCAGGCUGUUGGUUGUGCCCUGAAUGUUUUGGGUUUCGGUGAAUCAAUGGCCGGUCUGGUUGGCAUGGAAUCGGCCUGGGCUCAACGAGGCUUUGCUUGUGCCGCUGUCAUUCUUCUUUCUGUAAUAAACGUUGCUGGUGUGAAAUGGGUUGUAAAACUUCAAUUCGUUUUGUUACUCAUUUUGUUGUUUGCCGGAAUUGAUUUCAUAGUUGGAAGUUUCACCCACAUUGACCCAAAGGCUGGAUUCGAGGGUUGGUUCACCGGAAACCUGCGAAAUAACACAUUCGCCGCUUAUGAAGGUGGCGAGGGGUGGUUCACUGUUUUUGGAGUAUUUUUCCCAACUGUAACCGGAGUUUUGGCAGGUAUAAAUAUGAGUGGGGACCUGAGACAACCCUCAACCGACAUACCAAAUGGAACGUUGGCUGCUCUUGGAACAGGAACUGUUCUCUAUUUAGUAUUUUCACUGUUUCUCGCUGCAACUUGUACCCGAGCAGCCCUACUAAAUGACUUCAUGAUUGCUUCGACGGUCUCAGCUUUCUCAGUUCUGUUGUUAGCUGGCCUCUACGUCUCUUCGUUCAGCAGUUGUUUAGGUGCAAUGUACGGAACGCCUCGAGUCCUGCAAUCGAUCGCUGGACAGAAUGUUAUUCCGGGCAUGAACUGUCUUCAACGUGGGCGAGGACCGAACAAAGUGCCAGUCUACGCGAUGAUCGUCGUCGCAGCUGUAACCCUCGCCUUCAUAAUAACCGGCCAAAUAAAUACUCUCGCGCCAAUCGUCACGAUGCCUUUUUUACUCACUUACGCUUGUAUGGAUUACGCAUAUUUUGCACUCGCUCAAACGUUUGACCUUCAGCAUACCCGAGAACAAAGAUUCCAAGCUCAGACACCGACUUUCGAGAGAAAUUAUGGAUCUUCUGGUCGACAGGACAGCAUAGCCGAAAUUGAUAACGAUUUGGACACCCUUUUCCCGGAGAGAAUACGUCACAAGAAUCUUGUACGCAAUCCAAGUAUUUCGGAAAGUACGGGCUAUCCCGAUUCUUCACCCAGCGUUGAGGAAAACGGUAGUGUCGCUGAUCCACCCGUACGGAAGCCACACAUUCAUGGAAAACUGGGCAACUGGUACAGCCCACUUUGUAAUCGAUGGUUUUCACUGAUUGGUGCUCUCGUUAAAAUAUUGAUAAUGUUUCUUGUUCACUGGGGUUACGCUAUGGCCAACAUAGUCGUCGUAUUCCUCGUCUGGAGUUACGUUGGGCAUGCGAACCCCGCGGUUAAACCUGGGGUCUCUGCGGAAUUCAGGUUUUUCGAGUGGCUCAGAAUUUCGAUUCUCAGACUCAUGGGAAGAAAAGUCUACGAUUACGAGCAAAUCGUAGUGACCCCCGUCCAUCCCGGAGUGGAAACGUCUUCGGCACAAUUGAACGAAGAGAACGAAGACUUUGCUGGUAGAAGGCGAUAUCAUCAAACUUCGACAGUAACCGGCCAAUACGUGAACGUCGAUUGAGGUUGAAGAAUCGGCGACUCUUGACAACUUCCGUCGAACCGGAAGUUCAAUACUUUACUAAAUAUCACCACUUACGAGAUGCGCACAACGUCAAAUAAGACAAAACUUAUACAUUUAUGAACGAAAGAAGGAACUGAAAACACAUGAACCGAUAUCGCACCGCCUAAAGAAGCUGCCGUUUUACGCAGGCCACUGUCGGAAGUGGCCUGCGUAACGCAACGAUUACGUAAUACGGGCAAAAAAUCAACGCAAAAAGGGUCCAUUAUCCGUCUGCGUCUUUCGUUGUAUCGUUUUCUUUUUUUUUCAAUUUUUUUCUUAGCCUGCAGUUCGAAAUUUGAGAUUAAUAAUUUAUUAAUUAAAUAACUAAAGUGGAUGCUUCGAUACGUAAAUUAAACGUAAGUUUAACCGAAUAUAAUUAAUUCAACGGUACAAACCAGGCUGAGAAUCGGCUUACGUAGUCCGGGAUGCAUUUUUUUCUUGUCUCUAAUAAAAUACUCUGUAAAUAAAACGUGAUAUACAAACUUAUAUAUCAUAUGAAAACAAAAAUAUAUAUAUAUAUAUAUAUUUAUACAUUAUUUAACAUUUUUACAAGUCGUAACGAGGAGAAACUUGCACGGGUGUACUUUGAUACCAAAAUAAUAAACAAAUGUUUCAUUCACAA